AGCGGCCUGAUCGCUGUUGCUAAGCGCCUCCGGAAGUAGCCCUAUGUUUACACAUUUCGGUGUGGAGACCUGACGUACACAAGCAUCUCAGCAAAGCCAAAAUGCCCCUUUUUGGCAAUACAUUCAGCCCCAAGAAGACACCACCUCGGAAAUCAGCAUCUCUCUCUAACCUUCAUACAUUGGAUCGUUCUACUAGGGAGAUAGAGUUGGGACUGGAGUAUGGAGCCCCUGUACUGAAUAUUGGAGGUCAGAGCUUGAAAUUUGAAGAUGGACAGUGGGUUACAGAGUCAGGAGGUACUACGUCAAGCAAAGAAGUACAGAAAUUGAAGAAGAGGAAUAUGCAGCUAGAAGAGGAGAAUAAUCUUCUCAAGCUUAAGAUUGAACUUCUCUUAGACAUGCUCACAGAAACCACAGCAGAGUCACAUCUGAUACAAAAGGAAUUAGAAGACAUGAAGAAUCAUUACAAGCGGAAGAAGUGAUGAAGAGUAUUUUAGAUUAUUUAUUGAGUUUUGGAUCCAAGCUUUUGUUUGUUACGGUUUUAUUUUAUUUAUUUUUUUUGGAUAUGGCUUUUGGACUUUUUUUCAGGUGGGAGGAUGUAAUUGUGUAAGUGAAAAAUCUUUCCUUGGAUGUUUCGAUGCCUCUGUUUCGAUGCCAAACAUGCCAUGUUUUAUUUUGGACAUUCUGGCAAAGUUGUAUUGAUCUGUUUAUUUCAGGGGUGACCAGUCUUAUCCACAAAGGGAUGGUGUAGCAGCAGGUUUUCAUUCCAAUAAAGCAGGAGAUCACAUGAUUAUUCGUUUGAAGACUGACCAGUUGAUUAAACAACUGGAGUCAGAUGUGCUCCAGGUGUGCUCCCACUUGUUUGGAAUGAAAACUACAGCCACACUGGCCCUUUGCGGAUAAGAUUGGACACCCUUGAUUUGUUUGAACCUCUUGGACUGUUGCAUUUACAGUGGCUAGUGCUACUUUACCAUGUAUUUUUGUAUUGUUUAUUUGCCAUUAAAUCAACGGUCAUGUCCCAUUUUUCGAUAA